UAGCUAAAAAAAUAGACUGUCCUAGAUUUACACCUAUAAAUUUAUCAGUUCAUCGACCGCCAGUCCAUGCAAAUAAAAGGUCGAUAAACGAGAACAUGUAUUUUCACUCGUCUGGAGAUUCAUUGAAAAUGAGAUCGGAUUAAAAAAUCAUGUUGUGUUGCAAGAUUGACCUAGAAUAUUAAUGAAUAUUAUCCGCAACAGACCGAAACACAGCGUACACUUAUCGCAAGGGUGUUUAGAAAACAAGAUGGCAGCUGAUACAGGCAAAUCUGUAACACUGUAUUAUUUCCCAGGUUCCUAUUACAGUUUAAAGGUUUUGCAUGCUCUUUAUGAAAAAGACGUAUCUUUCAAGGAGAAACAUAUAUUCAUUGUUUUGGGGGAGCAAAAUGAAGAGUGGUAUCUGAAAAAGAAUAAUAUGGGGGAAGUCCCGUGCCUAGAGAUUGAUGGGAAAUGUACCUCCGAAUCCGAGGCUAUUAUUGACGUCAUCGAUCAAACCUUUCAUUCCGGUGGGAAACUUGUACCGGAUGUCAAGACGGCGGUCGGAAACGAGGUUAAGACUUUCCGGAAGUUUCUUCAUGACAUACCUAUUGAUGUCAUCACAUAUGGCGUGUUUGCAAACCGCGAAUUCUGUGUUGACAGGAGCUAUCUUGAUAAAUUACCAGCUAAGGUCACAGCAAGGGCGGAGAUCAGUAAAAGAUUUUCAGGAGAAGUAACUCAUCUUAUAAAGGUCAGUGAAGCGUUGUCACCGGAAAUGAAAGAAACUAUUAAUGCUAAGAUUGUCAAGGUUUCGCGGAAGCUUGCAAACGUAUUAAAUAAAGAAGAGGUCGCUAAAUGUCUCAAUGAACUAGAAGAUGUUUUUAACAAAAUUGCAGAGCUGUUGGAAAAGAAUACACGAGAGCAUGGUGAUGCAAAUGACACGUGGUUAUUCGGUCCAGCUUUUACCGCUGCCGAUAUUACUGCGAUAGGAUUAAUGAUUCGGUUGACCUUCAUCGGAAUCGCACCCCGAUAUUUUUCGAUCGAUAAACGACCAAUUGUGCAAGCGUACUACACACGAGCGAUGCAAAGACCAAGCGUAAAGAAAAUCUUAGAAGUCAUGGAUGCUGCUCCAGGCGCAAUUAUGAGGAGUUUCAUAAAAAGCAAAGCACUCAAAGUCCUUAAAUUUGCUAUUGCUGUUGGAGUAGUGGCUCUUGGGUAUGUCGGAUUCAAAAAAACUCAGACAGUGAACUUGUUGCCUGAUGAGAAGGCUUGAACUUUGUUCUUAACAGGAAAUUGUAGUAACUUUUGGAUUGAAAACAUUAAAUUGGAUUAUAGAAAUGGUUGACGAAAACAAAAACACACAAUAAACACAGUAUACGCUAAGUUGACAGGAGAUCAAGCUUGCUCGUAGGAAGUUUUAAUACAAGACCGAUCCUUCCGCAUUAAAAAAGUAAACACACUAAUAAAUGUUUUCUUUGAGAACUGAACUUUGCAGAUUCGUUUGCAAUUUAGACGUAGAUGAUUGUAUACAGUUUUUACAAAAAAGGCCCUGUCUAGUAAGGGCCUGGGGAAUGUAAUUCUUUGCAUGGUGACUUGUUUAUCGUGAAAUCGUCUUACCGUUACCGGAGCAAAAUAAUUUAGCAUUAGCUUCACGAGAAAAUAUUUGGAUUUUAACCGAAAGAACAUUUUAUUGUAGAUAUCAUUUCAGGAGGUUUUUUUUAAUCUUUUCCUCACAAAAAAGUAUUUAUGUGGCUAUGUCAGUAUGUGAUGUGUAUCUAUAUCUUGUAAAGUCAGGGAAAUUAAUACUAUUUCAGUUAUCCCGUUUGUUAUCUCUGCCACUGUGAUUGAAGAGCCAUCCGCCUCUAAUCGUACAAAAUAAUGUAAGAAACAGAAAAUGAAAAGUACAUGGUUUUUUUGUUUGUUUGUUUGUUUUGUUGUUUUUUUUGUGUGUUGUUUUGUUUGUUUUUUUUGGUUGGGUUUAACGUUGCACCGACACAAUUCUAGGUCAUAUGGCGACUUUCCAGCUUUGAUGGUGGAGGAAGACCCCAGGUGCCCCUCCGUGCAUUAUGUGCAUUAUUUCAUCACGAGCGUGCACCUGGGUAGAACCACCGACCUUCCGUAAGCCAGCUGGAUGGCUUCCUCACAUGCAGAAUUCAACACCCCGAGUGGGGCUCGAACCCACAUCGAUGAGUGGCAAGUGAUUUGAAGUAAGCGACCUUAACCACUCGGCCACGGAUGAAUGUGAGAUUAUGACUUUUAAAGGACAAGGAAAGCCUGACAAUAAGUUCAUUUCAUAUGAAAGCCAUUCUCAAGACUUUCAUAACGCUGAAUGAAUUUUUAAAAUCGUACCACUAUCGAAAAAGAUAUGACAGUUUGAAAUUUAGGAAAAUUGCUGAUCCAUGGAGGCAGCCUUUUGUGUGUUUAUGAAAACACUGCUGAAUUCUUUAUUUAGCAAAUAACUUUUUAAACAGAUUAAUUGUAAAUGUGUUUUUUGUAGUGUAAAACAUGGUAAUUUCUUUUAUUAUAGUUGAAAAAAAAGUAGAGAAAUCAUUUUACAGAAAUAAGUAAAUACAAUUCAAAUAUG